AUGGGUGUUGAGGAAUUUGAGAAUGAGUGGGCCACUGCUACAGAGGAGUUUUGUUUCAACGAAAAGUGUUGGGCCCUACAGAUGUACGAGAAAAAACACAUGUGGAAUUUGGAGGUGCUUGUACGCGAGUACCGAAACAAUGAGAUGGUGGCACAAUUUAACUCCGUGAAUAGCAUCCCUGUGAUGACAACAUGUCUUGAUCCAAUUGAGAAGGGGGCUGCUAGGAUGUACACACGAGCAAUUUUCUCUCUAGUGAAAAAGGAGAUUGAUGCUGUCGGGGUGGUGAAUUAUGUAGCGAAGAGGAGAAUUUCAGCCACAACGGUAUACACGACCGAAGAAUAUGGUAAUCCGGGUCGCACUUUUAUCACUCAGUUUGAUAGGAACAUGGGGAAAUUGCUCUGUCACUGCAGAUUUUCGGAACGAGAAGGCUUCCCAUGCCGACACAUGUUCUUUGUUAUGAAGUACGAGCAUGUUCAAGAAAUACCGCAUCGUUUAGUUCUCACACGGUGGCGGAAAGACGCGAAAUCUAUCGAUGCAUACGUAGAGCGAGGUGAAGCGGACGAUGAGAGGGGAUUCUUAAUGCGGCAUGGCGCUCUUCAUGAGGCAUCCCAGUGGCUGUUGUUUCUUGGUGCUAGGAAUCAAGUGGUGUACACAGAGGCAGUAAAGGGAAUUCGGGCCUUGUGUACACGUCUGAUUGAAGCAUUCGGUAGAAAUGAUGUGACGGGACAACGCAGGAAAGAAGGGUGCGUGAAAGACCUGGUGGUUGUUAGGACAAAGGGUGCACCACGACAUAAAAGGCAGCGCGGUAAAAGGAGGAAGUGUACAAUUUGCAAGAGACCUGGACACACAAAGAGGAGGUGCACGGGUAACACGAGGCAGACAGGGACAGAGCGGGUAGAGUCUAACGAUGGUUCAAGCGAUGAUGCACUCCAUACUCAGAAAUCUUCAUCCAGUGCAAACGAAGAUAUGAAGCAUGAUGUCUGCUUGAAUGAAAGCAUGAACGAUCCGGAGACGAUGAAAAGGCCCCUGUCAAUAGCUGAGCUGGGUGAUUCUCUGUAUCACCCAGUUGGUCUUGGCGAAAACGUGAUAAGAACGGUGCAAAGCGAGAAUAUAGAUGAUAGGGGGAUUAAGUAUUUACUGUUGUGA